GUGUUUCGACUUGUAUCUCUUGUGAUUGCUUCAAAGAGAGUGCAAAAUAAUGGGUGGUAGUCACCUCCAAUUUUUGCUUCUACUUGGACUCUUAUCGUAUGGGUUUAGCUUGAAUUUGCUUGAUUAUGAUGUCCGAUGCAAAGAGGAAGAAAGCCAAGCACUCCUCCAAUUCAAACAACACCUUGUCGAUGAUUCCCAUAUGUUGUCUUCUUGGGAUAGUCACGAAGAUUGUUGCAAGUGGAACGGAAUUCGCUGCAGUAACAAAACAGGUCGUGUCGUCAAGGUUGAUCUCCGGGCAGAUUUGUCUGCUGAACCACUACCUAAAUAUGUAGCAGGUGAGAUAAGCUCUUCAUUACUUGGAUUGCAAUAUUUGACUUACCUGGACUUAAGUUUCAACGAUUUUCCUGGGGAACCCUUUCCAAAUUUCGUUGGUUCGCUCACUAAAUUACGAUAUCUCAAUCUUUCAAGAACUUACAUUGCUGGAACCAUUCCACAACAACUAGGAAAUCUCUCAGGCUUGAUUUCUCUUGAUCUAAGCGGGAAUAUGGAUUUGAUUGAGUUACAUAAUCUCGAUUGGCUAAUUCAUCUUUCAUCUUUAAGACACUUGGACAUGAGCUUUGUAAACCUCAGCCAGGUACUCAAUUGGCAAAAUAAGGUUAGCAUGCUCCCUACUUUGACAGACUUGAGUCUAAGUUCUUGCAGUCUCUCCACAACGAUUCCUCCUUUUCUGUCCAAUGCUAAUUCGUCGUCGCAACUUCUAUUCCUUGAUCUCUCUUUCAAUGAUUAUCUCAACUGCUCCAUAUUUCCUUGGUUGUUCAACUCCACCACAAGCCUUGUUGGUCUUGACCUCUCUUAUUCUGGGUUACGAUGCUCCAUUCCAGACACCUUUGGCUGCAUGGAUUCUCUUCGAAGUCUAGAUCUUGAUAGCAAUAGCUUUGAUGGCGGCAUUCCAAAAUCGAUUUGGAAUUUAUGCAACUUAAACUCAUUGUCUCUCACUAAUAAUAGUCUCAGUGGACACCUUGAUAAUGGAUUUAUGAUUAAUGUGUCUGGUUGUAUGGGAAGCUCUUUGAAGGUUUUGCAAUUAGACGAGAAUACAUUCACAGGGCCAUUGCCUGAGAGCAUUAGAAACUUUUCCAAUCUUGAGAUUUUAAAUUUACAACAGAACAAAUUCACGGGGCCAUUGCCUAAGAGUAUUGGAAACUUGUACAAUCUCAAGGCUUUAAGAUUACAACAGAAUAAUUUCACAGGGCCAUUGCCUGAGAGUAUUGGUAACUUAUCUAAUCUAGAAGUCUUGAACGCUGCUGACAAUUCUCUUGAAGGGGUGAUCUCUGAGGUUCAUUUUUCAAAUCUCUUCAAAUUACGAAAAUUAUAUCUAGGAUCAAAUUCUCUGAAUUUAAGCUUCAACUAUGAUUGGGUUCCCCCUUUCCAACUGGAUAUUAUGCUUUUGAGUUCUUGCACAAUGGGACCAACUUUCCCAAAAUGGCUUCGAAGUCAAAAGAAUUUAUCUAGGCUUGAUAUAUCCCAUGCCCAGAUUUCUGAUAGUGUCCCAGCUUGGUUUUGGGACUUCACACCGGGGCUAGAGUCUUUAUGUUUGUCUCACAACAAGCUACAUGGGGAAUUGCCAGAUUUAUCAUCAUCCAGACAAGGUAUUUUUGGCAGAAUAGAUCUCAGCUCCAACAUUUUUGAGGGUUCAAUACCACAUUUUAAUUCAAAUGUGACAUUUCUAGACCUAUCGAACAAUAGGUUUUCUGGGCCAAUUUCCUUCUUAUGUGAUUCAGGUGUGAUUUCAUUGACCAGCUUAAUCCUCUCAAACAAUACCCUGUCUGGGGAGCUUCCAGAUUGCUGGAUGUAUUUUCAAGAGUUGGCUAUUCUUGACUUGGCCAACAACAACUUCUAUGGGAAAAUACCUAGCUCGAUGGGCUCCUUAGUCUCAGUUCAAUUUUUACAUUUAAGCAACAAUAGAUUUGUUGGAAACUUUCCAUUGUCCCUUCAGAAUUGCAGCCAGUUGAAGACCAUUCACGUGGGAGAAAAUAAUUUGUCAGGAAAGAUACCUUCGUGGCUAGGUGAUAGCCUACCCGAUUUGGUUAUUCUUAUCCUACGAUCAAAUCAAUUUUAUGGAAGUUUUCCUUUAAACUUAUGUCAUCUAUCAAAUAUUCGACUCUUGGAUCUUUCUUUGAACAAGAUUGAGGGAACUAUUCCUGAGUGUAUCAACAAUUUGACUGCAAUGUCUCAGAAAGAGAGUUCAGGCCUAAUUGAUUACUACGGGUUUCUUACAUAUUUCAUGGAUCAUGCAUCAUUUGUAUGGAAAGGAAAGGAGUCUGUGUUCCAAACUUCAUUGCUACUUGCAAAGAUUAUUGAUCUUUCAAACAAUUUAUUACACGGAGAAGUUCCGGAAGGAAUUACUAGUCUUAUGGAGUUGGUUGCCUUGAAUUUAUCGAGGAACCAUUUAACUGGGUUAAUAACUCCAAAGAUCGGUCUACUGCAACAUUUGGAAUCACUUGAUUUAUCUAGAAACCAGCUUCAUGGUGAAAUCCCAGCGAGUCUUUCUGACAUUAGUUUUCUUAAUUAUUUGGACUUGUCCAAUAACAACUUAUCGGGCAGGAUUCCAACAGGGACUCAACUCCAGAGCUUCAAUGCUUCUGCCUUUAUAGGCAAUCGACCUGAACUAUGUGGCCCUCCACUUCCAAACGAGUGUCCAGGAGAUUUUCAUCCAGAUUACACAAACAGUACCAGAGCGCACAAGACUGACGACAUUCAGACAAAUGAUCAUGAAGAUGGUUUUAUAAGUCAAGGAUUUUUUGUUGCUACAAGCCUCGGAUUUAUUGUAGGGUUCUGGGGAGUGUGUUGCACUUUAUUGCUAAACCUAAAGUACAUAAAGAUCGAUGCGUCUCGCUUCCAAUGCUCGAGCGAUGUUAAGAUAUAUAAGCUCUGCAUGACAGUAACUCUAUGCAUGCGCAUGUUACAAAGUUGGAUCAAGAAACUUUAUGGAAUAUUCCAUUAACAGGCCAGAGAUGUUUCAUCAUUUCAAUAAACUAGCUAGUACUUCUACUUUAGUACUUCAUCAAGUCUUGUGAUUAUUUUUCUUUAUUGGAUUAGUUUUAAUUCAAUAUAUUGUAUCAAAAGAUCAUUAAUAUUUUAUUCCCAAAAAAAAAAUAUUGUUAGUUAUUAUAUUAUUUGGGGUGAAGUC